GGUGAAUGGUAUGUUAAGGGGAAAAUCCUUGUUUUUGUUCACUCACAAGAUAAGUGUGAUUCUCUACUCAAAGACUUGUUCCAGCAUGGGUAUCCAUGUCUGUCCCUUCAUGGUGGCAAAGAUCAGACUGACCGCGAAUCAACUAUUGCUGAUUUCAAGAGCAACGUGUGCAGCUUGCUGAUUGCUACUAGUGUUGCUGCUAGAGGAUUAGAUGUUAAAGAACUUGAACUGGUUGUCAAUUAUGAUGUCCCUAACCAUUAUGAGGACUAUGUUCAUCGUGUUGGUAGAACAGGUCGUGCUGGUAGAAAGGGCUUUGCCGUUACUUUUAUUUCUGAUGAGGAUGAGCGCUAUGCAACAGACCUUGUUAAGGCUCUGGAGCUCUCUGAGCAGGCUGUUCCACAGGACCUAAAAGCCCUGGCUGAUAGAUUUAUGGCUAAGGUGAAACAGGGAACUGAGCAGGCCCAUGGCACAGGCUAUGGUGGUAGUGGUUUUAAGUUUAACGAGGAAGAGGAUGAAGCACGGAAGACCGCGAAGAAGGCUCAGGCAAGGGAAUAUGGAUAUGAGGAGGACAAGUCAGAUUCAGAUUCUGAUGAUGAAGGGGGAGUGCGUAAGGCAGGAGGUGAUCUGGCAGCACAAGCUAUUGCCAAUGCUCAUGCAGCUGCUGCUUUGGUUGCAAACAAGGCUGCUAAUAAUGCAAAUCAGCAAAUACCAGGAUCUGCAACAGCCCCCUUGAUUCCUUUACUCACAGCAUCAAACCAACAAAAUGAUGAGGCCACUGCUCGGGCACUUCAGGCUGCAAUGAACUUGCAACAAAAUCUGGCAAGGAUACAGGCCCAUGCAGUUCCAGAACACUAUGAGGCUGAACUUGAGAUUAAUGAUUUCCCACAGAAUGCCCGUUGGAGAAUCACUCACAAAGAGACACUGGCCCCUAUUCAGGACUGGACUGGUGCUGCUAUCACUACGAGGGGAACAUAUAUUCCUCAAGGAAAAAUUGUUGGUGCAAAUGAGCGCAAGCUUUACCUGUUUAUCGAGGGCCCGACAGAGUCUUCUGUGAAGAAGGCGAAAGCAGAAUUAAAACGUGUCCUUGAGGAUUGUGCAAACCAGGCUCUAAAUCUUCCUGGAUCUGCUCAAACUGGAAAAUAUUCUGUUAUUUGAGUUGCAGAGUAGAUAACAAAGUGGCCGAGUAUUUUUUUAGGAGCUUAUAAUGGUUUGCACACUUCAAAGCCGCUGAUGGAUUGCUACUUCUGAUGCUCUUGCUGUCUCCAGCCUUUUAUUUUGUCUGAUACUCUUUUAUAAGGCAACUAUGGUUACUUAAUGUGACAUGAUUAUUAUGAAAUUGUCGGGGUAUUUUGGCAAUUUCUACUGAUGAGUUUUCAUUGCCUUUGGACAGAAGACUUAGAACACAGGCGGUGACCGAGUGCUGUAAUGCAAAGGAAGGCGGCCAGUUUUCUGGUGCGGUUUUGAAAGUGCUGGUUGUGUUAUGACACUUUGAAAACUGAUCUUAUUAUUUUCUUGUUUAUGGAUAUCGUUCCCUUUUUGUGAGAGGCAAUACAAAGUUUGUGUGACUAUGGUCUAAUUAAUCCAGGUGUACGUAUUGAUUUGCCUAUUCGGAAGCUGAGAAGCUAUAGCUUUCUC